AUGAAAUAUGCUUAUGGAAUCAUGCGCAAAACUCGUCCACAUUGGAUUACUGUCGCAUUCUUCUUCAACGCCCGGGGAGAGGAAAUCGAAAAGUCCAUCACCGGAAUGUUCCGAUCAAUCCUCCUACAGCUGUUUCAAUGUUGUCCAGAACUUCAAUCAGUGUUAGACAACCUUGAACUUGAAUUAAAUGACCCUGAGGAAUGCGCCCCUAUUGACAUUCUCAAGGAAAUUUUCCGCGACGCGAUUCUUUCCCUGGGCCAGCGCUCAUGUACUUGCUUCAUCGAUGCCCUAGAUGAGUGCGAUGAGCAACAAGUCAUGGACAUGGUGCAGUACUUCGAAGAUCUGGCAGAAGAAUCGACGGAGAAAAACGUCGAACUUAGAAUCUGUUUUUCUAGUAGGCACUAUCCCUAUAUAGUUGUCCGCCGCGGCAUCACCUUUGUUUUGGAGGAUCAGUCUGGCCACCGCGAGGAUCUAGCCAACUACUCAGAAAGCCGUCUACGUAUUCAAGACCCUGGCCUCCGCGCAGAACUACUGCCGACGCUUCUGGAUAAGGCGUCUGGUGUUUUCCUUUGGGUUGUUCUUGUUAUCAACAUCCUCAACGACGAGCAUGCUAGAGGCGGAAUGGUCCUGAGAAAGCGACUCGAUGAAAUCCCGAGUGGUCUGAACGAGCUUUUCAAGGACAUGCUGAGGCGUGAUGAAGUGAACAGGGAGAGUCUCCUCCUUUGCGUUCUGUGGAUCCUCUGCGCUAAGAGGCCACUUCAACCAGAGGAGUUCAGUCACGCCUUAUGGGCCGGAUUGUUGGUCAAGAACUUGGCGGACAGCCGGCCUCCGUACCUCAAAAGUACGGAGGCGUCUAACAACGCCGAAAGAUACGUGAUUGGUUCUUCAAAAGGGUUGGCAGAGGUGACAAAAACCAAGCCACCCAUUGUCCAAUUUAUUCACGAGUCUGUUCGCGAUUUCCUGCUCAAGUCCGGGGGUCUACGAGAGCUCUGGCCACAGUUGGGCUUUGAUUGGAUCGUACCGACUCAUGAACGUUUGAAGGAAAGCUGUGAUUAUUACCUCAAACAUCCUUCGGUGUACGAGGAAUGCAGCAGACUAUCAAUGGGCACCCAGGCUAAGGCUCAAGGCGACAUAUUGGAAACAUUUCCUUUCUUGAAAUACGCAAGCCAGAAUGUCCUCUAUCAUGCCAAUAUGGCCGCAGAGGCAAUUCCUCAAAACUGGUAUAUAUCCCAGUUUUCUGUCGCAAAAUGGAUUGAGGUGCACAAUCAUUUCGAGAAACACCGCAUCCGUCGAUACACGGCUGAUGCAGACAUUCUCUACGUUCUCGCGGACAAAGAUCUUUCGAGGCUCAUUACAACCAGGUUACAAGACCAUCCAUCGACACAUAUUCUGUCGCCAGAUGAACGAUAUCGUUACCCGAUCUUCACUGCCUUGGCUCACGGCAAUCAGUCUUCUGUCGCGGGUCUUUUGAACACCGAUACAGUGAUCUUGGACGGCGCUGAUAUAACUCAUGGCCUCGGUUUAAUGAAAGAUUUCCAAGGCUUUCAGAAUCGGACUCCUCUAACUUGGGCUGCUCAAGAAUGCCGUGUCGGGAUCAUCAAGCUUCUUCUCUGGAAUGGGUAUUCUAUCUCAGAGCCUGAUCAAGAGGGUCGGACGGCGCUUUCGAGAGCUUCGGAAAUUGGCCUUGAGCCAGUUCUGCGACUCUUGCUUGACAGUGGCGCGGACAUCAAUGAAGUGGACGGCACAAGGAAGACGCCCUUAAUGUGGGCACCUGCAAAAGAGACAGUCAUUGACCUGCUGAUUGAGUACGGGGCAGAAAUUGACUAUGCCAACACGGACGGAGUAUCGGCGCUCGUACUAGCUUUUCGAGAAUCCAACGUUGCGUUGAUGAAAUUGCUGAUUGGCAAAGGAGCUAAUCCCAGAUUAUGUGGCGGGGAUGGCCGUUUGGCACUGAACCUCGCCAUCAAUACUCCAGAUUUUGACUUAGUCAAGAUUCUGAUUGAUCGGGGAGUAGACCUAAACAGUACUGGGCCCUUGGGAACACCACUGCAGCUUUCUUUGAUCAAUCACAAUGCUGCGUUAGCAAGAUUGCUCAUUGGAAAUGGGGCAAAGACCGACUUCCUCGAUAUGCAUGGGCACACAGCACUUCACCUAGCAAUCAAAACAUCAGAUGCCCCUCUUAUCGAAUUGCUCAUCAGCAAGGGGGCUAGUCUAAACGCGUCUAGCGAUUCUGGACACGCGCUCUACAUGGCUAUAUGUGAGGAUGAUGAAGACAUUGCGAUGUUGCUUAUCCAUGAAGGAGCCGAUGUUCAGCCCCGCUGCGGCUACAGUCCGCUUUUAGCAGCAUCGGAAAGGGGGCUUUGCAAUGUCGUAGAGCUUCUUCUUGAUAAAGGCGCAGAUAUCAACUCUUAUGAUAUUGAUGGGAACCCCCUUUCACAUGCUACGCGACAACGGGGCAUACGAGAAUGCCUUGUUGCCAUGCUGAUUGAAAGAGGCGCAAAUCUGGACUUCAUCGGCAGAUAUGGUAGUCCCUUGAUGCUUGCUGCAGAGGCUCGCAACGAAGCUGUGGGGAGACUCCUGAUCGACAAAGGAGCAAAUGUCAAUCUUAGACAUAAGUCAGCCAAUGCGCUAUCGCGAGCUGUACACAAUGGUGAUGAAAGUAUGGCAGGAAUGCUUAUUGAGAGUGGAUCGGAGUUCGAUCCAGACGAGAUUGCUUGGCUAUCAGUCCUAUUUGCUGCUUCUCAGGGCUAUGUGAAGGUGUGCAAGCUUUUGACUGAGAUGGGGGCGGAUUUGAACGCAUGCGACUCAUCAGGCAACUCAGCACUCGUCCUGGCCGCUCGUCGAGGUGAACAGGCCUUGGAUAUGUGCAGGCUCCUUAUCAACGGUGGGGCAAAUAAAUAG